ACGGAGGCUACGCAUGAUUUUCAAAUUCAAAACGCACUCGCUUGUAAAUUUAAAGUUCAGUUGUGUGAGUGAGUCGUAAACACACAGCAGAACGAGUCUUGAGCCUAUUAACGUGUGCCCUUAUAACAGCAGCAUAUUUCAAAAUGAUUUAUCACAUACAGUAGUUCACAGCCACACAGUAAUAAGUUCCAGACGUGUUAUUAUAACUUAAUAUCGUGGGAGACAAAAUGUCAAAGGAUUGCAAGGAAACGAAGUCUGUGUAGAAUAUUAGUCUGUAGUGGGUUUGUUUUGUUAUUGUAUGUGUUUACGAGUUAAAUUAGAAAGAGCUUUCAACAAACUUUAUAGGGCGGCUAAAGUAUCGGUGGGUUAAUUAUCCUCGUUCCCGCUUUACUCUCAGUCGAAACUCAGACCAUUUACCUGCUAGAGGUCGGACCCAGCUCCAGCUCCAGGCUCCAGAAACCACCAGGGUUGGUAAAGUCCCUCUGACCAGAUGGAUAAAAUAAAAUUAAAAUAGUGCAAGUCUGCUGGAGCAGAAUAUUGUUUAUGUGUUAACCCCCUUUAGUAGCCUUCUAGGACUUCCAUGUUGUAAAUGAAAUCUUGUCCUGCACGGUGUUUAUUCCAGUUUAACUUUAAAGUAAAAGCAGCAGUUGAAGGAUACUCUUCACCUUAUUCUAAGUCAUAACAUUUUUCCAGUUUGAUCGAUUUCAGUUUAGAUAUUAAAGUCACAUUUUAAUUACAUAAUACCAAAGUUGAAGCAGGAGAAAACCUGUUGAUUCUGAAUUGUUGUGGAUAGAAUUGAUUAAUGUUAAUGUAACAGAACGACAUAACUGGCACACAAUUUGGACUGGCUUUUAUUUUGCAGGGCAGAUACAGUAGGCCAUGUUUUCUUCGGGAGCCUGCUGGGGGUAAUUUUUCCACGAGUCACUUGUUGACACUAAACUUGCGGCACUUGUGAAGUGUUUAUUGCAAACGAAUAUCUUUUAAGAGAAGGUGGCUCUUUACAAACACACGCGGGUCUUUGUUGUUGGGUUUGAUACCGUCGCUCAGAAAGUUCAGCAAGUUCAGACAUGAUGACGAUCAGUGCGUAACAGCACAUGAAUUAUAAUUUAUUCUGUUUUAUAUUAAAUUGUCACAACCCGUAUUUAUUGGUCAUCAGGGUGCUGAUAAAAGGGAGCUAUUUCAGACGUAGUUUUGUAUAAAUGUGAUAAUGAUCUAUUAGUGACAAAUAUUUAAGUUUGCAUUAAAAAACUAAUAUUUGCUAUUCAUGCAUGGACGCUCUUGUAAACUGGAGUUCAAGUUGUACCUUGUAGUUUCGAUGACUGUAUCUCAAAGCCGGAGAACAAAGACGAAGCAUAAAAAAACCCACAUAUUUUGAAUCCAUAAACGAUCAGGACAAAUGUUCAUUCUGGUGACCUCCAGUAAUUUUGUCAAAUGUAUGAAAACAAAUAUUCUCAUCGCUCUACUAUGUGUUAAACAUGUGUUUUUGCUGGCUUGUUUAAAUAGUGAAUUUGAAGAUAAGGACUUUGCCGCAGUCAGGAUAAACUCCGGUGCGUAAUUACGCACGGAUAAUGACAGAUGUAAACCACUAAUGUUCCUUAAUGUGAAUAUGCCUGAAAAAUAUCGUAAAGCUCAGCAGUGCAGUUAAAAGCAGUAUCGAUGCUCAUGAAUAGGGAGGUUGGGUCAAUACAAGUGGGCUGUUGCGGGACAGAAAAGAGAGGUGUGACCCUCCCAAAACUUUUCUUCAGUGGGCUACCUGUGGAGGCUCCGGGCGCUGCGCAUAAAUACUCCUCCCUCUGAGGAUGAGCUCAGUCCUGAGGGAGACGCACACAGACGAAAUUAGGUUUUGGGAAUCUGGUUAGGGCGGAUUAUGAACGCUUUUGGACACCAACCAUCUAACCAGCAGACCAGCCCUAUUCAGCACCACAGCGCUCAGGAGCUCCUGGACAUGGCCGUGUACUGCGACAACUACGGUGUGUACCAACAGAACCUCCACCAUCAUCAUCCUCAGAGGCCGCCCACGCACCCCUCUAGCUACGGCCUCGGAGAGUACACGUCUCCGUCCGCGAACCCGUACUUAUGGCUGAACGGACCCAGCAUCAACUCCUCUCCUUAUCUCCCCGGGAACAACAGCACGUCCUACAUUCAGUCUGGAUACGGGUCGAACCAGAGGCAGUUUUUACCACCUCCCACCGGGUUCGGUGGGGCAGACCUGGGGUGGCUGUCCAUAUCCAGCCAGCAGGAACUCUUCAAGAUGGUCAGACCACCUUACUCCUACUCAGCACUGAUAGCGAUGGCCAUACAGAACGCCCAAGACAAAAAGUUGACUCUGAGUCAGAUCUAUCAGUAUGUGGCUGACAACUUUCCUUUCUACAAGAAGAGCAAAGCUGGAUGGCAGAAUUCAAUCCGUCACAAUUUAUCGCUGAACGACUGUUUCAAAAAAGUGGCCCGGGACGAGGAUGACCCCGGUAAAGGAAACUACUGGACACUGGACCCCAACUGUGAGAAGAUGUUCGACAACGGCAACUUCAGGCGGAAGAGAAAAAGGAGAGCUGAUUUAAGCGGAGCUGACAAUACCCCUCUCCCCGUAAAGUCAGAAGACGGCCCACACAAGCUCUCCGACACCGCCAGCCUGUUGAGUUCCUCCCCGCCCAGUCUGCACGGAUCCCCGGCCUCCACGGAACCUAAGUCGUCUUCGCCGCCUCCCUCCGCGGAGCACAGCCCAUGUUUCAGCAGCUUCGUGUCCAGCGUGAACUCGCUGCUGUCGGGCAGCGGCAGCACCGAAGGCUCCCGGGGCGGGGAGCGGGACUACGGCUCCGGGCACCUGGGGGGAUUGUCUCAGACCAGAGAGGGCAUGUCUGGACUGGGCUCCUACUCGCCCACUUUAAUCUCUCCUCUGAACUCUGACAACAACAGAAUUAAUUAUUACACAUCAGUACAGAGCCUCUCCAACCAUUUCAGUGUUAAUAACCUAAUAUACAGCCGGGAAGGAACAGAGGUGUAGACUGUCUGUCUGUAUCAGUGCUGGGCUGCUUACAGAAAAAUAAGUAAUUUAUCACUCAUUGUUAGCCUUUACAUUUCAUAUGUAGCCUACUGUUAUUACUUAUUACUCAUUAACUGGUUUGGUAGGCCUAUCUGUAAAACCACCACUGGGAUUAAACUGGUGUCUUUCACAAUAAUCCUUCCAAACAGUGAAAAAAUAUAUUUCGGUGUAUUAGAAAAGGAAUAUAAACUGCCACUGCUCCAUUAUGGUUUGUUCACACUAGUGCAACAAUGUAGCCUCUCCUUGAACUGAUGGACUGACUUAUUUUUUUCUUACCUAUUGUAGCUGUUCGGUUGGGCCGACUCUGUCUUAAACGAAGAAGAAAACACAUAUGUACAGAAAUUAUUUUCAUAAGAAAAACGUGACGUGUAUUUUAGGCUGAACUGUGUUUUGUGUUUUAUUUAAACUCAUGUCGAUGUUUGAAUAAAAGUCAUUUAUUUU